AUGUCAUUCCUGCCUAUGUGGCAAGUCAUACCUUGGCCAUCUAAGGGAGUACACCUCCCUCCUGUUACAACACCUCCCGAUAAGGUCUCCAUACCUGGGGAUGUCCUCGAUCGGGGGCUGCAUGCCUCACGUGAGGUUCUUACCCAACUUGAUUGUACCGAGGGUAUACAGAGUAGCACAGUGGGGGAAGACUACGCAGCCGCUCGGCCUGUAGAUAAUGUAGAAGGAUCUAGCUAUAGAGGGCUCAAGGAGGAGUUUGAUAUACCCAGUGAUAUGGCCUUACCUCCUCGAGUCCACUCCCUGCUCGAUGACGUAUUGUCAUUAGUGUCUGAUGAGAUGGCUACUGACCCUGAUGUCUAUCUCCCUUCGCAUGGGUGGCAACGUUUCAAACAUCUCGAGAAGGAUGGUCAAUACACUUGUACGAUAUGGCGUAAGGAGCUGCUGACUACAGGAGGGAAGAGUCCGACGGCACAAUGGAUGAUGACUGGCGAUAUUGCAGUUACCCCCGCUCAGUUCCAUGCCCUUAAUGUUGACAUAGACAAUAGGGCAUCAUGGGAUUCUACGUUCGAAGGGGCGAGAAAGGAGGACGAGAAGGAAGAUGAUG